CUCUUUUAUUUCAACAGCCUCCACUCUUGUGUUGUUCUCAAACCUUUUAAAGAGAACAGAGAGACCUGCAAAUCCCCAAUAGGUUUCUAGGGCUUCAAUCAAUCUGAGCUACAUCACCAUGUACAAAGCAGCCUCACGACUCAGGGCUCUCAAGGGCCGUGCCGGAAAUGUGGGGGCCACCAGGUUUGCAACAAGUGCAGCUGCUAUAAAGCCAGCCUCAGGGGGUAUCUUUAGCUGGCUGACGGGGGAAAGCUCCAGUACUCUUCCUCCUUUGGAAACCCAACUCCCAGGUGUUAACCUUCCUCCUGCACUACCUGAUCAUGUUCAGCCAAGCAAGACUCAGAUUACAACUCUGUCGAAUGGUGUUAAAAUAGCUUCAGAAACAUCACCGAGUCCUGCGGCCUCCAUUGGAUUAUAUGUUGAUUCCGGUUCCAUAUAUGAGACACCCGAGUCGAGUGGGGCUUCACACUUGUUAGAGCGACUGGCUUUUAAGAGUACAACCAACCGGAGCCACUUACGCAUUGUGAGGGAAGUGGAAGCAAUUGGUGGUCACAUAGGAGCCAGUGCCUCUAGGGAGCAAAUGGGAUACACUUUUGAUGCUAUCAAAACCUAUGUUCCUCAAAUGGUGGAACUGCUUGUUGACGCAGUGAGGAAUCCUGCCUUCUUGGAAUGGGAGGUCAAUGAAGAGCUGAAGAAGGUGCGGGCAGAGAUUGGUGAACUAUCUAACAAUCCUCAGGGCUUACUCCUGGAGGCAAUUCAUUCUGCUGGUUAUUCUGGUGCACUGGCAAAUCCUCUUCUGGCUUCGGAAGCAGCACUGAACAGAUUGAAUGGCAGUGUCUUGGAGGACUUUGUUGCUGAGAAUUAUACGGCUCGUCGGAUUGUUCUUGCAGCUUCAGGGGUCGAUCAUGAGGAGAUUGUAUCUAUUGCAGAACCACUUCUUUCUGACCUACCUAGUGGGCCCCGCUCUGAGGAGCCACAAUCUAAAUAUGUUGGAGGAGAGUAUCGUCUUCAAGCUAGUCCAUCGGAGACCCAUAUAGCUCUUGCUUUUGAAGUUCCCGGUGGCUGGCGACAAGAGAAGCAAGCCAUCCUUUUGACGGUUCUCCAGUUGCUUAUGGGAGGUGGUGGUUCUUUCUCUGCUGGGGGACCUGGAAAGGGGAUGCACUCAAGGCUAUAUCUCCGCGUUUUGAAUAAGUUUCAAGAGAUUCAGUCCUUCUCUGCCUUCAACAGCAUCUUCAAUGAUUCUGGGCUGUUUGGCAUUUAUGCUAGCUCUGCCAGUGAAUUUGGAUCAGAACUAGUUGAUAUAGCAGCUAAAGAAUUACUUUCAAUUGCAACACCUGGACAAGUUACGGACGUACAGCUUAAACGUGCCAAGGAGUCCACAAAGGCUGCAGUCUUAAUGAAUCUAGAAUCUAGAAUGAUUGCAUCAGAGGACAUAGGGAGGCAGGUUUUGACGUACGGAGAGAGGAAACCUGUGGAGCAUUUCUUGAAGACAGUAGAAGAAGUGAGUUUGACAGAUAUUACUACAAUUGCGCAAAAGAUUAUUUCUUCACCUCUAACAAUGGCAUCAUUUGGCAAUGUUUCGAAUGUCCCCAGUUACGAAUCAGUUAGCAGACAUUUCCAUGCAAAAUGAGAGGUGCUUCUGCUAUAAUUUUUUUGAAUCACAUGGCUUCUUACGACUUCCAAGUUAUUUGCUUUGUCGGCAUUGUCGAAAUAAAAUUUUGAAAGGAAAAAUUUGAUCCAAAUUGCAUGUAUCAGGAUCCAUUUUGCCAAUAUUAUGUAUUCUCUCUCUCUCUCUCUC